CCCGGCGGCCAGCCGCUCCAAUCCAGCUCCCGGCCUCCGUGCAGCUCCGGGAGCUUUGUGCCUGGGUGGGUCGCCAUGGCGCUGCGUGCGGCCGUGUUCGACCUGGACGGGGUCCUGGCGCUGCCCUCGGUGGCCGGCGCGUUGGACCGCACGGCGGAGUCGGCGCUGCCCAGAGGCUUUCUGAAAGAAGCUUUCAGGAGAGGAGGCCCAGAUGGCUCCAGUGCCCGCCUCAUGAGGGGAGAGAUCACGUUUUCCCAGUGGGUGCCACUCAUGGAAGAAGACUGCAGGAAAUGUUCUGAGGACUCUGGAAUCCGCCUCCCUGAGAAUUUCUCUGUAAGCCAGAUCUUUGGCAAGGCGGCUGCAGCAAGAAAGAUCAACCACCCCAUGCUUCAGGCAGCUCUUGCCCUCAGAAAGAAGGGAUAUACAACCUGCAUCCUCACCAACAACUGGCUGGAUGACAGCGCUCAGAGGGGCAGCCUGGCCCAGCUGCUGUGUCAGCUGAGGCCGCACUUUGACUUCCUGAUAGAGUCGUGCAGGAUCAGAAUGGCCAAGCCUGAUCCGCAGAUCUACAGGUUCGUGCUGGACACCAUGAAGGCCAGCCCCAGUGAGGUUGUGUUCUUGGAUGACGUUGGGGCUAAUCUGAAGCCGGCCCGUGACUUGGGGAUGGUCACCAUCCUCGUCCGUGACACAGACACAGCCCUGGCAGAACUGGAGAAAGUAACUGGGGUGCAGCUUCUCGGAGCCACAGCCCCUCUGUCAAUCCCGUGCAAUCCGAGCGAUGCGAGCCAUGGGUACGUGCCAAUAAAGCCUGGGGUGCGUCUGCAUUUUGUGGAGCUGGGCUCCGGACCUGCUGUGUGUCUCUGCCAUGGAUUUCCUGGGAGCUGGUUCUCUUGGCGGUACCAGAUCCCUGCUCUGGCUCAGGUGGGUUUCCGGGUACUAGCUCUGGACAUGAAAGGCUAUGGAGAAUCAUCUGCUCCUCCUGAAAUAGAAGAAUAUUCCAUGGAAGUGUUAUGCCAGGAGAUGGUAACCUUCCUGGAUAAGUUGGGCAUCCCUCAAGCGGUGUUCAUUGGCCACGACUGGGGAGGCAUGCUGGUGUGGAACAUGGCUCUCUUCUACCCCGAGAGAGUGAGGGCAGUGGCCAGCUUGAAUACUCCCUUCAUACCAGCAAAUCCCAAUGUGUCCCCAAUGGAGAGGAUCAAAGCCAAUCCUGUUUUUGAUUACCAGCUCUACUUCCAAGAACCAGGAGUGGCUGAGGCCGAACUGGAACAGAACCUGAGUCGGACUUUCAAAAGCUUCUUCAGAGCAAGUGAUGACAUGGCUUUUCUCAGCGUGAGCCGAGUCCGUGAAAUGGGAGGACUCUUAGUGAGGGCCCCAGAAGAACCCAGCCUCAGCAGCAUCGUCACCGAGGAGGACAUCUGGGUCUAUGUGCAGCAGUUCCAGAAGUCCGGUUUCAGAGGUCCCCUAAACUGGUAUCGAAACAUGAAGCUGAACUGGCAGUGGGGCUGCAAAGCUGUGGGAUGGAAGAUCCUGGUUCCGGCCCUGAUGGUAACUGCGGAGAAGGACCCCGUGCUCGUUCCUGAGAUGUCCAAGCACAUGGAGGACUGGAUCCCCUACCUGAAAAGGGGACACAUUAAGGAUUGUGGACACUGGACACAGAUGGAGAAGCCCACCGAGUUGAAUCAGAUCCUCACUGAGUGGCUGGAGACUGAUGCCAGGGACCCACCGGUGGUCUCGAAGCUUUAGGGUGUGGCUCGUGCCAGCCCCCAGCAGGCCUUCAAGCCCUUCUGUUGGGUGCUCCUCUUGGAACCCAUCAUUUAAUUUUAGUUAAUAUAAAUCUGAAUGGUCCUGUCUGGCAGGCAAUAGCUGCCAGGUGGCUCAGGGCAGACCCAAACCUUCCCUCUAGCCGUUCCUUCCCCAGCCACGUCCAGAAGCCACUUCUCCUCCAGGUGUGGCCCCUCCCCAAGGCUUCAAGCCCUCAUCGUCUCCUGCCCAGAGCCGCGCAGCACUUGGGUGGGAAAUACCCAUGCCUCACUGCUCAGAGGAAUCCAUCUAGCCACACAUGAUAAAAUAUUUUCUUAGCAGCUGUAGAAGUUUCUCCCGAGUGUUGGCUAUCGCACGCAGUUGUUAACUGUCUGCCCUGCGAGACGGUAAGGCCCGUGAGAUUGGCGGCUGCCUGUCUAGGUGAUCCAUCCUUGAUCCUAACCCAACAGAUGCCUGGCAUUUUGUAGAUGCUCAUUAGAUGUUUGCUGGGUGAAUCAGAGAAUGGAAGCGUGGGUGGAUGGAUAGAUAAAUGGGUUCAUUUCAAAUUCUUGAUUUUGAUGUCCUACCGGGUGAGGUAGAUGGCCAAUCGCAUGACUGUGUCCACCAUACAAAGCCUCGAUGGAACAAGACUCUUGGGGCGCCCGGCUGGCUCAGUCGGUAGAGCGUGCGACCCUUGAUCUCAGGGUUGUGAGUUCAAGCCCCAUGUUGGACGUGGAGCCUACUUUAACAUGAAUGAAUGAAUGAAUAAAUAAAUAAAUAAAUAAAUAAAGUGUAGAAAAUAGACUCUUAUUAAAAUGACUCCCGGCAUAUCUGUUAAUGGAGCUAAAUUCAGAAGGAGAAGACCUCCAGAUGCUAGUCCUCUACGAAUCUUAGCAUUAAUUGGAUACGGUACAUCAGUGGGUUUCUGCUGCGUAGAAUAGAAAGGCAAUUUUUGUAAUAACACAGCUGAAGUAUUUAUGGUUACUGUAGAUCCUUACAGUUUUAGCAUUUAUGAGUGGGAUCACUUUGUCAGUUUACCUAAAUAUGUUUUGUCAUAUUUACAUACAAGGGUUUUGAGGCUGGUACUUACUUUUGAAAGAAUAUCAAUGAUGUUUGUACUCCUA